CCCUGACGCCGGCCCUCGCUCAGCGGUGCCCCAGGCCGGCCGAGACAUGAGGCUGGCCCAUGCCCUGCUGCCCCUGCUUCUGCAGGCCUGGUGGGUGGCCGCCCAGGACAUCCCCGAGACCGCGAGGGCCAUUGCCUUCCAAGACUGCCCUGUGGACCUGUUCUUUGUGCUGGACACCUCUGAGAGUGUGGCCCUGCGGCUGAAGCCCUAUGGGGCCCUGGUGGACAAGGUGAAGUCCUUCACCAAGCGCUUCAUCGACAACCUGAGAGACAGGUACUACCGGUGUGACCGCAACCUGGUGUGGAACGCGGGCGCCCUGCACUACAGCGACGAGGUGGAGAUCAUCCGCGGGCUCACACGCAUGCCCAGCGGGCGCGAUGAGCUCAAGGCCAGCGUGGACGCUGUCAAGUACUUCGGCAAGGGCACCUACACUGACUGUGCCAUCAAGAAGGGGCUGGAGGAGCUGCUCAUCGGGGGCUCCCACCUGAAGGAGAACAAGUACCUGAUUGUGGUGACCGAUGGGCACCCACUGGAGGGCUACAAGGAGCCGUGCGGGGGCCUGGAGGACGCCGUGAAUGAGGCCAAACACCUGGGCAUCAAGGUCUUCUCCGUGGCCAUUACACCCGAUCACCUGGAGCCGCGAUUGAGCAUCAUCGCCACCGACCACACGUACCGGCGCAACUUCACCGCGGCAGACUGGGGACAGACCCGCGGCGCGGAGGAGGCCAUCAGUCAGACCAUCGACACCAUCGUGGACAUGAUAAAAAGCAACGUGGAGCAAGUGUGCUGCUCCUUCGAGUGCCAGCCCGCCAGAGGACCACCCGGGCCCCGGGGCGACCCUGGGUAUGAGGGAGAACGAGGCAAGCCAGGCCUCCCAGGAGAGAAGGGAGAAGCCGGAGACCCUGGAAGACCCGGGGACCUCGGGCCAGUCGGGUACCAGGGGAUGAAGGGAGAGAAAGGGAGCCGUGGGGAGAAGGGCUCCAGGGGACCCAAGGGCUACAAGGGUGAGAAAGGCAAGCGAGGCAUUGACGGAGUGGACGGAAUGAAGGGGGAGACGGGGUACCCAGGCCUUCCAGGAUGCAAGGGCUCGCCAGGGUUUGAUGGCGCUCAAGGCCCCCCCGGCCCCAAGGGAGAUGCCGGCGCCUUUGGCCUGAAGGGAGAGAAGGGUGCACCUGGAGCGGACGGGGAGGCUGGGAGACCCGGAAACUCAGGGCCACCGGGAGACGAGGGUGAGCCUGGAGAGCCUGGCCCCCCUGGGGAGAAAGGAGAGGCUGGUGACGAGGGGAACACAGGACCGGACGGCCCCCCUGGAGAGAGGGGCGGCCCUGGAGAACGAGGACCUCGGGGGACCCCAGGCAUGCGGGGGCCAAGAGGAGACCCAGGUGAAGCUGGACCCCAAGGAGACCAAGGGAGAGAAGGCCCCGUGGGCAUCCCUGGAGACCCGGGUGAGGCUGGCCCCAUUGGACCUAAAGGAUACCGAGGUGACGAGGGUCCCCCAGGGUCUGAGGGUCUCAGAGGAGCCCCAGGACCCGCUGGCCCCCCUGGAGACCCGGGGCUGAUGGGCCAAAGGGGUGAAGACGGCCCCCCUGGAAACGGCACCGAGGGCUUCCCUGGCUUCCCCGGCUAUCCAGGCAGCAGGGGCCCCCCUGGGCUGAACGGCACCAAAGGCUACCCCGGCCUCAAGGGGGACGAAGGUGAAGCUGGGGACCCUGGCGAGGAUAACAAUGACAUGGCACCUCGUGGCGUCAAAGGGGCAAAGGGGCACCGAGGCCCCGAGGGCCCGCAGGGACCUCCAGGAAGCACAGGACCACCCGGGCCAGACGAAUGUGAGAUUUUGGACAUCAUCAUGAAAAUGUGCUCCUGCUGCGAGUGCAAGUGUGGCCCCAUCGACAUCCUCUUCGUGCUGGACAGCUCCGAGAGCAUCGGCCUGCAGAACUUUGAGAUCGCGAAGGACUUCAUCAUCAAGGUCAUUGACCGGCUGAGCAGGGACGAGCUGGUCAAGUUUGAGCCCGGGCAGUCGCACGCUGGCGUCGUGCAGUACAGCCACAACCAGAUGCAGGAGCAUGUGGACCUGCGCAGCCCCAACAUCCGCAAUGCCCAGGAGUUCAAGGAAGCCGUCAAGAAGCUGCAGUGGAUGGCGGGUGGCACCUUUACAGGCGAGGCCCUGCAGUACACCCGGGACCGGCUGCUGCCGCCCACCCAGAAUGACCGCAUUGCCCUGGUCAUCACUGAUGGACGCUCGGACACCCAGAGGGAUACCACUCCACUCAGCGUGCUCUGUGGCCCCGACAUCCAGGUGGUCUCUGUGGGCAUCAAGGACGUGUUUGGCUUUGUUGCGAGCUCUGACCAGCUCAACGUCAUUUCCUGCCAAGGGCUGUCGUCCCCGGGCCGGCCGGGCAUCUCCCUGGAGAAGGAGAACUAUGCAGAGCUGCUGGAUGAUGCCUUCCUGAAGAACAUCACGGCCCAGAUAUGCAUAGACAAGAAGUGUCCAGACUACACCUGCCCAGUCACCUUCUCCGCCCCGGCCGACAUCACCAUCCUGCUGGACGGCUCGGCCAGCGUGGGCCGCCACAACUUCGACACCACCAGGCACUUCGCCAAGCGCCUGGCAGAGCGCUUCCUGUCCGCCGGCCGGGCGGACCCCUCGCAGGACGUGCGGGUGGCGGUGGUACAGUACAGCGGCCCUGGCCAGCAGAGGCCUGGGCGGGGCGCACUGCAGUUUCUGCAGAACUACACCGUGCUGGCCAGCGUGGUGGACAGCAUGGAUUUCUUCAAUGAUGCCACCGACGUCAACGAUGCCCUGAGCUAUGUCACACGCUUCUACCGGGAGGCCUCCUCAGGAGCCGCCAAGAAGAAGGUGCUGCUGUUCUCGGACGGCAACUCGCAGGGGGCCACGGCGGCGGCCAUCGAGAAGGCCGUGCAAGAGGCCCAGCGGGCGGGCAUUGAGGUCUUUGUGGUGGUGGUGGGUCACCAGGUGAAUGAGCCCCACAUCCGCGUGCUGGUCACUGGCAAGACAGCCGAGUACGACGUGGCCUUCGGAGAGCGCCACCUGUUUCGCGUGCCCAGCUACCAGGCCCUGCUGCGUGGUGUCUUCUACCAGACAGUGUCUAGGAAGGUGGCGCAGGGCUAGGGCACGGGCACGGCAGGCCUCUCCGCAUGCCCCGCAGAGCCAGCAGGAAGAGCCGGACCGAGUUAUCCUGGCCACCACAGGGAGACGUCCAAGGGAGAGGGGGCUCUGCCAUCACCGGGCCCCCGAGCUUUGCUGGGCCUCCACAGCUUGCCCCGGGCUGGCGCCUGGUCACCCCCUCCCUCGGCCUCACAGGCCUCCCUUCCCCUCCUGGCUGUGUCCGUCCCGCUCGCCUCCUUCCUCCCCAGAUGACCGCUGGUGUCCUCUAAGUCCCGCAGAAGGUCUUCUUCCGCCCGCACCCACACUCGGUCCUGGGUGGCCCUGCUCCUCGCCCCGGGGGGGUGUUGCACUGUGACUUCCUUCUGGAAACUGAGCUCCAGAUUUUCCAGCACCACCCCCAAGGGGUCGCCUCCCACUAACCAGGUGCCCCAGUGACCCUUGCAGACCUCGGCCCUGGCCCUUGGGCCGUGAAGCUCAGGACAGCAAAGCACUGAGCUGUUCUGAGGACAGAGGUGCUGCUUGCCAGGGCCCCACGGAGCAGAGCCUGGUCGAGCUGAGGAGUGCCCCAAGGACAGCCCAGGCCCUCCUCAGUCAUGCUGCACCGGUGGCCUGUCCCCCCUCAGCUGGCCUGUCCUUUUCCUGUUUCCCUUGGCCCUGCCCAAGGCCAUGAUCUCUGCUAAUAAAGGUCUCCACUCCUC